ACUUCAAGACGGCUGAUCUAAAAAAGCAGGAAGAGAGCAUCUGAGGAGCAGCAGCCCCGGCGCAUUUUGAAAAACAUUUGUUACAUUUCAGAGUGCGGCAGCCUGUUUCUCCUCUGAAGUUGGCUCCAGCCAUAGCAGCCGCAUUGGAUCCCACAGCCUAUUGCGAGACUCCGGUAUACAAUCCGGAUCUCUGCCCCAACAUGAUCGCGGCCCAGGCCAAGCUGGUGUAUCAUUUGAAUAAAUACUACAAUGAGAAAUGCCAAGCCAGGAAAGCUGCAAUCGCGAAAACGAUCCGAGAAGUCUGCAAAGUGGUGUCGGACGUGCUGAAGGAGGUGGAGGUGCAGGAGCCUCGCUUCAUCAGUUCCUUGAACGAGAUGGACAAUCGCUACGAGGGGCUGGAAGUCAUCUCCCCCACGGAGUUUGAAGUCGUGCUGUAUCUGAACCAAAUGGGGGUUUUCAACUUCGUGGACGACGGCUCCUUGCCGGGCUGCGCUGUGUUAAAGUUAAGCGACGGGCGCAAGAGGAGCAUGUCCCUCUGGGUGGAGUUCAUCACGGCGUCUGGCUACCUCUCCGCUCGCAAAAUCCGGUCCAGAUUCCAGACUCUGGUGGCUCAAGCCGUGGAUAAGUGCAGUUACAGAGACGUGGUAAAGAUGGUGGCGGACACCAGCGAAGUGAAGCUGAGGAUCAGGGACCGGUACGUCGUGCAGAUCACUCCAGCGUUCAAGUGCACGGGGAUCUGGCCGCGGAGUGCUGCACACUGGCCGCUUCCCCACAUCCCCUGGCCGGGACCCAACCGGGUGGCGGAGGUCAAGGCGGAAGGCUUCAACCUCUUGUCCAAGGAGUGCCACUCUCUGGCCGGCAAGCAGAGCUCGGCCGAGAGCGAUGCCUGGGUGCUGCAGUUCGCGGAAGCUGAGAACAGACUGCAGAUGGGCGGCUGCAGGAAGAAAUGCCUCUCCAUCCUCAAAACCUUACGGGACCGUCACCUGGAGCUGCCGGGCCAGCCCCUGAAUAAUUAUCACAUGAAGACUCUGGUUUCCUACGAAUGCGAAAAGCAUCCCCGCGAAUCGGACUGGGACGAGUCGUGCCUGGGGGACCGGCUCAACGGGAUUUUACUGCAGCUCAUCUCGUGCCUCCAGUGCAGGAGGUGCCCGCACUACUUCUUGCCCAACUUAGACCUCUUUCAGGGCAAACCUCACUCGGCCCUGGAAAACGCGGCCAAACAAACGUGGCGACUGGCUAGGGAAAUACUUACCAACCCGAAAAGUUUGGAGAAACUUUAGAGGGUAACUAUAAAACCGGCCUGACCGAUAAAUCUGCUAAUUUCCCGAUGAAGUUUAAGAUGCCUGUUUGAAAAGUCAUAUAUUUCCACUUGACAAUGCAAAUAAUAUUCUCUUUUAAAAAGGAAUAUAGCUUAGGCUCUUUGCAAAGAAAAGCAAAUGAGAACAGCAAGCAUCGUUCCUCUUUGUCACAGUUUUGCAGUUCCCCGUGGGGGAAAAACAAAAAGAAAGAAAGAAAGAAAAAAGAAAGAAAAGAAUAAAAGUGUGCUACCUGGAAAGGAAAAUUUGCCGUAAUUUGAUUGUGACCAUUCUGCCUAAAAACGGUACCAACGGAUUAUAACAAAACCCGGUAUUUUUAUGUAAACCUUCUGUGAGUAAAAAAUUUGGAUAUGCCACCUGAACAAACCCUAAUGUACCUUUUAAUUUGUAUCAAAUAUUGUGAUCUCACAUUGUCUUUGAAAUUGUGGAUGUUGGUGUUUUGUGAUUUGGUGAUCAGAAGUUAAAUUGCCAUUUUGGAUACUUCAAGGACAUUUUCUGCUAAAAAGAAGAUACCAUUUAAAAAGGUAGAUUUUAUCACGGUACUUUUGUUAAUUGUCUUUUGAAGUGUCUGAAUUUAACAAGUUUACAUUUUUCGUUUCAUAUAUAUUGCUUGUUCUAUUUCUAACAUUCCAUAAAUAUACUUGAAAUGUUAUUUAAAUAUAUUCAAAAGAAAUUUGGAUUCUGCUUAUAUAAUAACGCUUGAAUAUUGGAAUUAUAUAUUUGAAAAUGCACUUGAAAUAC